AUGCCCAACAGCAGCCUGGCCCUGAGCGGCCUGGACGGGCUCUACAUCGGCACCGAGUGCCUGCUGGCCCUGUGCGCCACGCUGGGCAACGCCCUGGUGAUCUGGGCGGCGCGGCUGAACGCGGCUUUCCGCAACACCACGCUCUAUUUCAUCGCCUCCCUGGCGCUGGCCGACGCCGCCAUGGGGCUGCUGGUGAUGCCCCUGGCCAUCGUGGUGAGCCUGGGCACGGCCAUGCCCGCCUACGGCUGCCUCUUCGUGUGCUGCCUGAUGCUGGUGUUCAGCAACGCCUCCAUCCUGUCCCUGCUGGCCGUCGCCGUCGACAGGUACCUGCGCGUCAAGCUGCCCACCAGAUAUAAAACAAUCACCACAGAGAGGAGAGUGUGGUGGGCCCUGGGGCUGUGCUGGUGCCUGUCCCUGCUGGGAGGGCUGGUGCCCAUGUUCGGCUGGAACAAGGCCGGCCCCAGGAGCUCCAGCUUCCUCCGCUGCAGGUUCAUCUCCGUGAUGAGGAUGGAUUACAUGGUGUACUUCUGCUUCUUCCUGUGGACCCUCGUGCCCCUGCUCAUCAUGUGUGCUCUGUACGCCGAGGUCUUCUACAUCCUCCGCACCAAGCUCAGCCAAGGAGUCAGAGGGGCUGGGGCUUUCUACGGCCACGAGUUCAGGACAGCCAAGUCUCUUGCCCUUGUCCUCCUCCUGUUUGCAAUCUCCUGGCUGCCUCUGUGCACUAUAAACUGUGUUUUCUAUUUUCACCCUGACUCUCGGAUCCCCCCAUAUUUGAUUUACUUGGCGAUCCUCUUAUCCCAUGCCAACUCUGUCAUGAACCCCAUUGUCUAUGCCUACAAGAUAAAGAAGUUCAGAACCACGUACCUUUUCAUUUUAAGGACCUACAUCCUGUGCAAAAAACCAGAGCCAGCUCUUGCAGAGCAAACAACAGACCCAGAGUCAUAAACAGAGGCUGAAGCAGCCAGUGAGCACCAGGGCAUUGAUAAAGCACCUGGCUUUGCCAAGAAACUCCUGGGAAAUGCAGCAACCUGUGGGUCUGAGGCUGCUCUACAGCUCCAUGUGAAUAUAUGCCUCUAUGUAAUAUAAUUUCUAAACACAGAAGAUGGAAACUUUUUCUGAUUGGGGGUUUUGGGUUUUUUUAACACAAGGAUUGGAUGAGUUGAUUGAAAGAUAGGAUGUGUUCUUUGCUGUUCAUAAUCCAGCAGCUCACAAGCUCUCUGACCAUUCUUGUCUGUCCAUUCAGACUAAACUUGAGUCUGACCAGCUUGUGCUUCAGCCAGUGUUGUCACGUUUUCAUGAGUAAUAAUAAACAGUAGAUGGAUUUUAUAUUAAUUCUGCCUGCUGAGUCCUCCCAUGACCAAAAAAACCCUGCCCAGUUCCAGUCGAUGUCCUGCCUGGCAUGGCUCAGAAGUGGCAGCAGUUGUUACACCACAGCUGGCACUGCCCAUGGCUAGGGAACAUGGGUCAGACUGAAAAGAGGUUGUUAAGGGCCAGGCUCUUUUCUUUCUCCAUCUCCAAAUAACGGAGCCGGGGCCCUGCUGGGUGUGCGGGGCUGGAGCAGCGCAGGGCACCCGGGCAGCCCCAGCCCAGGCUGCUGCUGCCAUCAGGUGGCACCUCCAGCCCUGCUCUGACACUGCCAGCCCUGGAGCGUCAUCCCGUCCAUGCACAGGGAAUGAUUUUCACACCGCACUUAGAACACCGUGGGGAAAACACCUGCAUGAACAUUCCAGGGGAUUUUGGCUGUCACUCUCUGAUUGUGCAUUUCCUUCAUGGGAGCCAACCAGGAAGCACAGAUUUGCAUCCAAACGUUUCAUGAUCAUCACUUCAAUAACAGAAAAUAACUAAGCAGAACACUUGGCAAUCAAAAAAAAAAACCAGAAAA